CUGUCGCAAGGGCUGCUGGGGCAUGGACGGGGACGCGCAGGGACGCGCGCAGCCUCGGGGACGCGCUGUUUUGGUCGCGCGCGCCGGAACCCAGACUCUUGAGUGGAAACCGAAGACGCGCGCGAGAGGAACGCGUGGAGCAUGAAGAGGCAGGGAGCCUCCUCCGAGCGGAAACGGGCGCGAAUACCGUCCGGAAAGGCCGGAGCAGCAAAUGGAUUUCUCAUGGAAGUGUGUGUUGAUUCAGUGGAGUCAGCUGUAAAUGCAGAAAGAGGAGGUGCUGGUCGCAUUGAAUUAUGUUCUGGCUUAUUAGAAGGGGGAACCACACCCAGCAUGGGUGUCCUUCAAGUAGUGAAGCAGUAUGUCCAGAUCCCAGUUUUUGUGAUGAUUCGGCCACGCGGAGGUGAUUUUCUAUAUUCAGAUCGCGAAGUUGAGGUGAUGAAGGCUGACAUUCGCCUUGCCAAGCUUUAUGGUGCUGAUGGUUUGGUAUUUGGGGCAUUGACUGAAGAUGGACACAUUGACAAAGAACUGUGCAUGUCCCUUGUGGCUCUUUGCCGUCCUCUGCCAGUCACUUUCCACCGAGCCUUUGACAUGGUUCAUGAUCCAAUGGCAGCUCUAGAGACCCUCUUAACUUUGGGAUUUGAACGAGUAUUGACCAGUGGAUGUGACAGUUCGGCACUAGAAGGGCUACCCCUAAUAAAGCGGCUCAUAGAUCAGGCAAAAGGCAGGAUUGUGGUAAUGCCAGGGGGUGGCAUAACAGAAAGAAACCUACAAAGGAUCCUUGAGGGUUCAGGUGCUACAGAGUUCCACUGUUCUGCUCGAUCAGCCAGAGAUUCAGGAAUGAAGUUUCGAAAUUCCUCUGUUGCUAUGGGAGCCUCUCUUUCUAGCUCAGAAUAUUCUCUAAAGGUAACAGAUGUGACCCAAGUAAGGACUUUGAAUGCUAUUGCAAAGAAUAUUCUGGUUUAGCCAGACCUGUCUGAGAGACAUGGAUGUCACAGGAUGAAGGUAGAAGAAUAGUCUGCAGUUCUCAGUGAUACAGCUUUAACCUUCUCUGGCCAGGACAGUCAGUUUUUAAGUCUCACAAUGCCAUGGAUAAUAUUUCCAAGAAGAAAAAGAACUCGAAAUACAGUCACUUCCUUUGCUUAAUCUUGCCAGCCAUCUUCAUCAUCAUAGUUAAAUCUGGUCUACACUUCUUCCACGGACAGAGGCUUAGUCUGUUUUGAGUGGAAUUAAUUGAUGAACUGAGAAAAUUCAGCUGCAAGGUAUGAAUUCAGAUGUGACUUCAUGGUCAAUUCAAUAGCAAUAUUUUGCCUUUUCAUUUGUGAAAUAAAAACUUCCAUUCUAUUACA